AUGCCAAAAGUUUUGGUUCCAGGGCCACACAAGACCGAUGACAAGAUGAGGGCCUUCGCAGAGCAGGUCUUUGCUUCUGAGACCAAAGACGAGACGGUCCGUGAUGAAAUCUCCAUGUUUGAUGUGGCUGAGGACUGUCCCAUCAUCCAUCAUGAGAUGGCCCACCAUCUGCACACUGAUGAUGAUGAGCAGAAACGCAAGAAGCGCUCCCGUACCAUGGCUGUGCCCACGGUUGCUUCCCAGGCAGCUGCUACCCCUGUAGUGUCAGUGGAAGUGGACACGCCCACCUACCUGGAAGUGCCUGACUUUCAGAGAGUGGCCGUCAUUGGAGACUAUGCUGCUGGGGUGACCAUGGAUGACUUUGAGCUGGCAUGCAGGGGUCUGUACCGUGCUUUAACCAUCAGGGAGAAGUACAUGCGACUGGCCUUCCAGCGCUUCCCAAGAACAGCCUCCCAGUACCUGCGUCAAAUUGAAGGAGAGUCUUUCAGACCGGAAGAACAAUUGGAGCCAGUCUUCACAAGUCCUCCAAAAGAAGGGGAAGACCCUUUUGAUGUCAAGAACCUGCCAAAGAAUCUGGGCUAUGUUGCUCGUAUGAAGGACGGUGUGAUUUAUGUGUACAAUGACGCUGCAGCUGCUGACAAACAUCAGCCAAAGGAUAUGCCCUACCCAGACCUCAAUACCUUUAUCGAUGACAUGAACUUCCUCAUCGCUCUUAUUGCGCAGGGCCCAACAAAGACUUACACUCACCGCCGUCUUAAGUUUCUCAUGUCCAAGUUCAAUGUGCAUGAGAUGCUGAAUGAGAUGGAGGAGAUGAAAGAGGUGAAGAAGAACCCUCAUAGGGACUUCUACAAUUGCAGAAAGGUUGACACUCACAUCCAUGCUGCUGCCUGCAUGAACCAGAAGCACCUGCUGCGCUUUAUCAAAAAGUCUUACCGUGUGGAUGCUGAACGUGUAGUGCACAACCUCAAAGGGAAGGAGGUCACCAUGAAGGAGCUCUUUCAGUCCCUUAACCUGCAUCCAUACGACCUCACUGUGGACUCACUGGAUGUGCACGCUGGUAGACAAACCUUCCAGCGAUUCGAUAAGUUCAACGCCAAGUACAACCCAGUAGGAGCCAGUGAGCUGCGUGACCUGUACCUGAAGACAGAGAAUCACAUCAAUGGAGAGUACUUUGCCACUAUCAUCAAGGAAGUAGCUAAUGAUCUCGAGGAAGCCAGGUACCAGUAUGCUGAGCCCCGUCUGUCCAUUUAUGGCUGCAACACCAACGAGUGGAACAAGCUCUCGAACUGGUUCGUCAGGCACAGGGUUUACUCCCCAAACCUCAAAUGGAUGAUUCAAAUACCUAGGAUCUACGACAUCUUCAGAGGCAGAAACUUUGUGCCACACUUUGGCAAAAUGUUGGAGAACAUUUUCCUGCCUGUGUUCCAGGCCACCAUUGAUCCACAGUCCAGUCCAGAGCUAAGCAUCUUCCUCAAGCAUGUGACAGGCUUUGACAGUGUGGAUGAUGAGUCCAAACACAGUGGCCACAUGUUCUCCACUAAAAGCCCCAAACCAGAGGAGUGGGACAUCGCCAAAAACCCCUCCUACACCUACUACAUCUACUACAUGUAUGCCAAUAUCGCUGCCCUCAACCAGCUGCGCAAACAGAGGGGCAUGAACACAUUCAUGUUCAGGCCUCACUGCGGUGAGGCUGGUGCCAUAACCCACUUGCUGGCUGCCUUUAUGACUGCUGACAACAUCUCUCAUGGCCUUAACCUCAAGAAGAGCCCCGUGCUGCAGUACCUGUAUGUCUUGAGCCAGAUCCCGAUCGCCAUGUCCCCACUGAGCAACAAUAGCUUGUUCCUUGAGUAUGCCAAGAACCCGCUGCUUGAGUUCCACAAGAAAGGCUUGGUGGUGUCUCUGUCCACCGAUGACCCCAUGCAGUUCCACUACACCAAGGAACCUCUAAUGGAAGAAUAUGCCAUUGCAGCUCAGGUGUUCAAGCUCAGCACCUGUGACAUGUGUGAGAUUGCCAGGAACAGCGUGCUUCAGAGCGCCCUCUCUGAUGAGGAGAAGUGCCACUUCCUGGGUAAGGAUUACCUCAAAGAGGGUCCAGAGGGCAAUGACAUCCGCAAAACCAACGUGCCUCAGAUCCGUAUGGCGUACCGCUAUGAGACCUUGUGCUACGAGCUCAACCUCAUCAAGGAGGGAUUGAAGUCUGAGUAA